UUGAGGGCAAGUCUUAGGGCAACAUCUGUCUUCCAGCUGGAAGAGGUGAGCCUGCAAGGCCCCUGAAGAUCCCAUAGGUGUCUGUGAAGUAAGGACUCAUGGGAGGACCAGUGACUGUUCAUGGCCUGAAGAGGUCUUUGCAACAUUUGAGGUGAAAGGCAGGUUCUUUCAGUGGUUAGUGCUGCCACUUAUGAAGCAAGUUCCGGGUAGAGAUUCUUCUGUUCCCAGUCAUCUUCUUUGGAGGAAAUGGGGGUGGUGCCAGGAACUGACCUGCCUCUCUCUUAUGAAAGUCUUUGGAAUUAAACAUUUUGAAUGCCGUAUUUUCCAGAUCUCCGAGCAUUUGAGGGUCGUCUGUCUCGUGGGUGAAUCUGAGGCAGUUUCUACUUUGUGUAGAACAUUUCUGAAGUGGUGAAAACUUCAGCUUAGCCAAUUUCGUGAUCCUUCCACAUCCCUCGGAGUGCACAUGAGUUCCCGUGCCAUGUGUGCUGCAAUUCUGAGAGGAGACAUCUGGCAGUGCUAUCAACUAUGGACUGUAAAGUCCACAGGGAUGCCCAGAAUCACUCCUGAACCUCAGCUGGAACCCACAGGUAUGCCCUGCAUCACGCCUGAACCUCAGUUUGAGUCCACAGGGAUGCCCAGAAUCACUCCUGAACCUCAGCUGGAAUCCACAGGUAUGCCCCACAUCAUGUCUGAACCUCAGCUGGAGCUCACAGGGAGGCCCAGCAUCAUACCUGGACCUCAGCUGGAGCUCACAGGGAUGCCACAGCAUCACUCCUGGACCUCAGCUGGAGCUCACAGGGAUGCCCAGCAUCACUCCUGGACCUCAGCUGGAGCUCACAGGGAUGCCCAGCAUCACUCCUGGACCUCAGCUGGAGCUCACAGGGAGGCCCAGCAUCAUACCUGGACCUCAGCUGGAGCUCACAGGGAUGCCACAGCAUCACUCCUGGACCUCAGCUGGAGCUCACAGGGAUGCCAAGCAUCACUCCUGGACCUCAGCUGGAGCUCACAGGGAUGCCCAACAUCACUCCUGGACCUCAGCUGGAGCUCACAGGGAGGCCCAACAUCACUCAUGACAUCAGAUCUGUUGGGUCCAAGAGGGUCCUCUAAAACGACAGUGCCACUGUUAAUGCCCUAAAUGACAGUCCUAGCUCAGCUCAGGCUGGACUCUGACCAAGUAAAUGGAAGAAUCCCCAACAGAUAAACCCUAAAAUCAGCAUUCUCCAGAAAUCAUAUGAAGCCAGUUUAUGCUUGUCAGGAAAAGUCAUUACUUCCGUUCUCUGCCCCUAUAGUUGUCUGCUGAGGCAGCUGGCUCCCUGUUAAGGCAAACAAGUGGGCCACACAGAUCAAAGUCCCCAUGGCUGUUCUGGCCUGUCACCUUCUCCCGCUCUUCCAGUUCCCAGGUAGUUCAGACUUCCAGGUAGGUUCCCCUUCCCUACAUCAUACAUCUUUUUUAAAAUUCUUGUUUAUUUUUUAUUUUUUUAUUAAAAAUUUCCAUCUCCUUCCCUCCUCCCACUU